CUGUGUGUCUCUGUCGCUUUCACACGCUCCGAAAAUUACAGACAGGAAGUAAAAGAAAAAAAAAAGAAAGAAGAAGAAGCAUGCAGCAGCUGAUAAUAAACAAGGAAGUAAACGUUGUUGGGCUUGUUUUGGGAGCUCUUUAUUCUGUCUGGAAGUGAAAGUAGUUAAACCGACUGCUUCGUAACUGAACUGUAAACAACAACAGCGCUGCUAAGGAAGUUAGCCGUCAAGCUAAUUCUCACAGACUUCAUAACAGAUCUUAAACUACCCCGGCAAACAGACAAAUUGAUUCCCAGACCUUUUCAGCUGGUAUGGAUCAUAAAUGGCAACCUCUGGAAGGAGCCAUGGGUCUGAAACAAGAGGAGCUGCCACAGAUGGACGGUUCAUGUGACGCAUGUGAGCCAGAUGAGGCCCAGCCAGCGACGCAAGUGUGCCACACCUGCAGCUUUGCCUUCUGCCCUGUCCACGCUGACAACCACGCCAGCAGCACACGUCACAUGUUAAUGCCUUACAGCCACGAAGAGACACAGCCUACAAGUCUGGACACGGACAGAGACUCCAGAACUGGAGGGCAGGCUGAGAAUGAACCUGGAGGAAAUAGAGCGGUUGAAACGUGUGCAGAUCAGGGAGACGCAACUCUGGCUAACAGAGGAGAGAGUGGAGAUGCUGAAGAUGCUCACAGUUGUUCACCUCAGGAAGUCGAGGCCUGCGAAGGGGCUGAGAAUGCAGAAGCAGGACCUGAGGUCGUGGGUCCUGAAGAGGCAGGGAAGAGGGACACUGUGACAGUAGAAAGGCUACGCUGCAAGGAGCACAGAGAGGAAGGCUCCCUCUAUUGUAAAGCUGACGAGCAAAUAAUCUGUGUGGUGUGUGCUGUGCAGGGUGAGCACAAGGAGCAUGAGAUCUUAACGCUGCACGAGGCCUAUGUGUGGCAGAAGAUGUCGACAGAGGAACUAGAAGAAUAUGUGAACAGUCAGUUUGACGAGCUUCGCAGACUGGUUCGCUUGGAGGAGAGGAGAACCCUUCACUUGGUCGACCUCAAAGAAGCUUUCCUUACUGCAUCCGCUGCUGAAAAAAUAGCUGAGAUCACUGCUGAAACCGAAAAGCUGCAGGAGGAGAUGGACAACAUCACGCACCAGCUGUGCCUGCUGGAGCAGGCUGAGGCAGUUGGACCUGCAGCUGCAGCAGAGGUCCUUGAAGCAGUUCCUAAACCAUCCCACAGACUGCUGAACAACAUUGAAGCCAGACCAAGGCUGCCAGAACCAAGGGCGAACCCCAUGGACCCACGAGACUUUGAGGACAAUGAUUCUGGACCAUCCAUGGACCACGCCCCCUGAUAUGAGCGGACCAGACUCCUUGUACAUCAACUUGUCCUUCACGAUCAGCCUCAGUCUGCCAUCUGGCCGGCCCCUUUUCUGUCAGUCAUUUUCCUCCUUCCCUCCCUUCUCCCUAUGGCAGUGAACUGACCUUGAUGAAGGCUGCCGUGACAUAUAUGGAUGGCCACGUCUCUUUCACUUUCAAACUUUUUAAAUUCCACACUAGCUAUGAACUUUCUUUAAUUGAAGCACUCAAGUUAUGUGCAAUCAAUUACCAUCAGGCUCGAUUUUCACAGCCAGUCAGAGUCUUGGCUUACUGGUGAGCCUGGCUGACUCAGAGAGGAGCUUGGGUAGGCAGCUGAGCGUAGCAUCUGUUAAGCCCAACAGAUGUCAGGAAGAGGAACGUGUGUGACACGGUGCUUUACUCUCUUCAUUU